UUUUAAUUAAGUUUAGGUGCUGCUUAUAACUAUUUCAUUAACUUCAGGGAUUACUACAUAAGUUAAAUGUAUUUUAAAUAUUGUAUCUAUUUUACAUAAACCAAAUUAUAAAACAUCAGGGCAAAUUACAAAGGAAAGCUGUUAAACUGACGGCAUUCGCUUAAGUGUAGAAUAAUCCGAGAAAAAAAAGGAUUUUAUGUCAAAUGCCAUAAGCUGUUUAGGAAGGUAUUUUUACUUCGUUACAUUUUUUCGGAUGUUUUCAUGCUCAAUUAAAUUUUAGCUGCCGUUACGUGUAAAUUGCCUAAAAUAAUCAUAACUGAGAAAUUUAUCUCUGAUAGUGAACGCUAUAUUUUUAAAGCAAACCUGUGUGCUUACUCCCGACAAAAUCGACUUCUGUUUCUAACGAAUUGAGAUCGACUUGGUAAUCUGAAACCGGAUAACAGCUCCAAUUCCUACAUUGUCACGAGUUAUACCUACGCUCGAUCGACGGCUAACGACGCCGAUUUUAUUGAAUCGCUAAUCCAUCUUAUUUUAGUUCGGUAGUACAUACCUCAGAACAGAAUUAAGUAGAGUCUGAAUCAAACAACCAGCGUCCCUAUGCCGCUUUUUACAAUUGCCGAUGAAUGAAUGGAAAUUGGAUUAAAUUGACAGUAGAUAUUCGUAUUCGCCUUAGCAUUUUGGCACACUAUGUGCUUGUGUUGUAAAAAUACUUGGAAUAAUACGAAUAGCGCCAAUUUAAUCCAAUUGCCAUUCAUUCAUCGGCCAUUGUAAAAUAGCAGAAUCGGGGCCCUGGACUAUUUGGUACCUACUAAGUAUUAUAUGUUUAAGUAGACGUGUAAUGAAUUAAAAGUACUGAGUUUGAAAAUCGAAUUGAUUUUUAUCUAUUAGUAAGAUUUUCUUUUGUACUAUUUGGUAUAGUUUGAUUCCUUGCAUUAAUUGUUGGAUUUGUUGGUAUGGAGCUGGUGUUCUAUCUGAAGAACCUAUACUAUGGGCUCGUGUCAUAAAUAGUUUAUGUUAGUCAUAAGUAAUAAUAUUUCCUCAAUAAUCUUAAUACCACCUAUACAUAUAAUACUUAAUACAGGCAAUAAUAUACGAAUUUUAAUAAAAAAAUUGGUAGAUUUGUAAUCUUAAAUUAUUUAAGGCAGCUAUAAUAUUUAUGUUUCUAGCAACUUGCUUCACUUUUAUCAAUGUUUCAUUCAGCGUUGUGGCACACAGAUUUCUCUCGAGUAGGAUGGAUGGAUGAGCAAACAAUACAAGAAAGUGCUCUGUAGUGGAAUCACAUGGUCGACGUUAUUUAUCCUAUUAUUUGCCGUAAAUAUUGUUGCAAGCACUCCGAAAUUUGAGAUGGUUGAAGAGUUAAGAACAUCUGUAGUAAAAAACCUUCUAUUUGUUACUAGUUUUUUUAAACUAGUCAGAAUAGAAAAACUCGUCGUACCGGAAUUGGUAGACAUUAUUUCAAAUGAUGUAAUACUGGAUUGCCAAUUUACAACGGUUGAUGACAACUUUACUUUGCAAUGGAUAUUCAACGAUGGUGUAACACCGGUCUAUGAAUGGACUCCUUAUUCAGAGCCAAAAGUCGCUGGUAUAUUGGAUGAAAGACUUGAUUUAACGUAUCGAGUUUCGCGGUUUUCGCGGGACGAACGCCGCGCGUUACGCAUCACUAAUUUGACAUCCGAACUCAGUGGAGAAUACACAUGCAUUGUAUCAAAUCAUGGGACUGAAGUUCGCAAAACUAAAGCCAUGCUGAUUUAUAGUGUCGAACGUGACUUUCAGUUAACUGCAGAAAACCGUCCUAACUCCACUGUUAUCUUCUUAACGUGUACGGCAAGAGGUGUAUAUCCGCGCCCAGAUUUAACAUUAGAAUAUAACAAUGCAAUGGUAUCUGGGCAGCUUCAACGCGUAGUACGCAAUGAUGAAGGUCUAUAUGAUGUCAUGUGUUUCGCUUACGCUGAUGUAUAUGCGGUGGGCAUCAAAUCUGUGGUUGCCUGUCGUUUGUUUCUACCACAAGCUGACUACACAGCAAUAAAGAAGAAAAUAAUAUUUAACGGAGGAAACCAAAACUUCAUUUCGAGCUGCAAGACGACUGCCAUAAAAUAAUAAGGCACGAAAAAGACACAGGGCUGGAUUCAGAGGCGUAGAAGACGUGUAGAGAGGAUCGGGAUAACGCACCUGCG